AUGAAUAGCGAAUACGAUAGCAAGACCCUUGCCUUAUUAGGGAAGACAAUCCGUUUAGAGCUUCAACCGAAGCUCUCAAGUAGGGCACAAAUAUACCUACAGUUUGAUAAAGAUAGAACGCAGUUUGACAAGGCUGAUUUGCGAUUCACUCAGUACUCACGUCCAACAUACCUCGCCAUUGUCAAUCCAGGUUGUCAAGAUGACGUGGUCGAAGUUGUCAAGUACGCUCGAGAAAAGAAUAUUCCAUUCAUACCCCGAGGCGGCCAUCAUGCUGUCACCAGUACGAUGAGACAUUUCAAAAACGGUAUAUGUAUUAACAUGCGACCACUCAAUCAGAUGCAAUGGAAUGCGGAGAAGCGACACGUCACCAUUGGUGGAGGCACCAUAACAGAUGAAUUCGUCCAAUACCUGCAUGACUUGGGUAUGGAAGUGAAUGUUGGAUCGUGUCCUACUACUGGUGUAAUCGGUGUAGCAUUUGGUGCCGGUUUAGGACGUUUGCAGGGCAAGUACGGCUUUCUACAUGACAACAUGAUCUCUUGCAAGCUUUUACUCGCCGACGGAAGCGUGUUAAUAGCUUCAGAAACUUCGAAUCCAGAUUUGUUCUGGGGUAUCAGAGGAGCAGGCCACAAUUUUGGAAUUGCACUUGAGGCAACGUUUCAAGUCUAUCCGCAAGCGCACGGAGGCAUACAUCACACAUGGGACUUCGAGUACACCCUAGAUCAGUGUGAUGAAGUGUUUGAGACACUGAACAGUGUUUCUGAGACCAUGCCUGCUGAAUUGGCAAUAUUUGUUCUAUGGCUACGUCAGAGUAGUGGUCGCAAGCACAUCAUUCUCGUUAAUCUAGUAUGGUCUGGACCAUUGACGAGCGCAACCACUUACGCGAAAAUCUUUGAGAACUUGGACCCUGUUCUCUACAAUGGACCGAAAUCUGUGCCCUGGCCGGAAUUGCCAUUCUCGACGUAUAAGGAGAUGAACAAACUUUACUGCAAGCCGGAAAUUUGGCUUAAGGGCCCUAACAAAAUGAUGGGCGCCACUUGUGUGGAGUCCUUUGACCAGAGGACCACACGCGAGUUCUUUGAAAGUGUUAAAGCUAUGAGCGAAGAGUGGGAAGGACGGGGCUGGUUCGGCGCAAUGUUCGAAUGUCUGCCAGAUCAGCGUGUUCGGGAGAUAUCUCAUGAUGCCACAGCGUUCCCAUGGCGCGGAGGAUCAAAUCAUUUCCUUAUGUUGAACGCUACACCGGCACGGAUAGAGGAUCGACAAGUUUUUGAGAAGCAUCUUGACUACUGGAAACAACGCUUCAUCGACACGUCUGGUUACGGCCGCUUGCAGCAAUAUGUGAAUUAUGGGAACAGCACAGCCACCAUGAAGGAUCCUCUCGAGGCACUAUAUGGCUAUGAGCCGUGGAGGCUAGAGAGACUCAGGUGUCUCAAACAAAAGUAUGAUCCAGACAACCAGUUUAGAUGGUACCAACCAAUUAUCGAUGCAUGA